GUGAAACCAACAGAGUUAUUAUUACGAUGCGGCACAUUAUUACGCGAACAGCCCGGCACUGAUUUCAAUAUCAGCCAGAUAAUCUCGCAUGAAAAAUAUGACGAUCCAAAUUAUGACAUAGCCCUAUUGAAAGUGGUUGGUGAAAUUAAGCUUGGCACAUCUGCCAUAGACAAAAUAGCUCUCCCAUCGCAAGAUGUUGACCUAGCACCUGCAGGCGCGAUUACCACGGUGACCGGAUGGGGACAAAAUGCAUCAGGUUAUUUAUCAGAAAAGUUACAGACAUUGGAUGGACCGGUGGUCGAUAGGGAGACCUGUAUUAACGACUACAAAGACUUUGAUGCUAACGGUGUGUACCGAAUAUCAGAUUACAUGUUUUGCGCCGGUUAUGAUGAUGGUAAAAAUAAUUCGUGUCAUGGAGAUUCAGGUGGGCCAUUAAAAUAUAAAAACACCUUGGUGGGCGUUGUGUCAUGGGGCCCAGGAGAUUGCACCCAACCUCACUAUCCAAGUGUUUAUACACGGGUUGGAAAGUUUAGAGAUUGGAUCAAGGUGCACUCUGGAAUU